UUGACUGCAGAGUGCAGUUUGCUGCAGUUGACCACUAUUCUACACGUCGUACGUCGGCUGAUAUCGCACAUCCCUACAUGCACCUACAUGUAUCUGGGUGCUUCCUAUUUAGUGCUUAUUGCUUGAAGCCAAGAAGCCCAAGAAGACUAGAGACCUAAUAGUCUUCUUGCUAUUUGCUAAUAGCCUACAGCCAAACACAGGCAAACAUGUAUAUUUGAGCUUGAAGCCAUGCAGUCCUGAUAUUAGCUUUAUUAUUGGAUUCUGUGUGGAAUCCAAAAUAGUGUAGAUAUUCGAACAAAAAGAUCAAUACGGAAUAUCCAAGAAUCGUAAUUAAGUAUGUUGUAUUUUUUUCUCUGUUUCAAUAGAACGACUUGUUUUUUUUUUUGUUUCGUUGAUUCUUCCAUGUAAUCACGGAAAAGUUAUUAUCAUAUUUUCUCUUAGCUGAAUUUGACAGAAGCACAUCUUAGAAGUUAGGUUAGCUGAUACAAAACAAUCUUUAAACCCAGUAAGGCAUUCUGUCUUGAGUCAGUGAUGUCCUUACCUUCUUCUUCCUGCUCAUCUACGUCACUUUCAACCUCCUUAUCUGCAUCAUCGCAUUCAGUCUCCAGUUCCAAAGGUAUCGACAAUGACAAGCCUGGUGAAAGCAGUCCCAGCCCUGUAGGCUUUGAAAACGUACCGGGACCAAGCAAUGAAGAUAAUGGCUGCCAAGUUACAAAAAAAGAACUUGAGCAAUUUUCUCAAAAGAUUGAAGGUGAAGAUGAAACUAGUGCAGAAGAAAGUGAGGCCAGUGAAAAUGGACUUUUCUGUGAUGCCGAAUGUGAUGAUCAGAUUUUAGAUGAUUCGUCGUCGAAUUCUGGUAUUCAAGGGCCAAUAUUACAUACUUGUGUACCUUUGAACGUUAUUCAGCCCUUGAGAAAACGAAAAAGUGAGACAGAAUUCAUAAGUUUACCAUGUAAGAAGUUGAACCCUGAAGAUAAGGCAAAUUCUAGCAGUGCUUUAUCUAAGAAGUUUGAUGAAAAAAGCAAACACGUGAGAUUUGUCAUACCAACGAGAGAUAAUCCUCCACCAGAAAUGAAUAAUUGGCUUAUUCAGUUUCAGAGAUGGUCUAAUGCCGAAAGAAUGCUCGCAAUUGAUGAACUGAUUGAAAGAUGUGAACCAACGCAAGUUCGACACAUGAUGCAAGUCAUUGAGCCACAAUUUCAGCGAGACUUCAUUUCUCUAUUGCCCAAAGAACUGGCCUUAUCGGUAUUGGCAUUUUUAGAUCCUCGUGAUCUUCUUCGUGCAGCCCAGACAUGUAGAAAUUGGCGAUUUCUUGCUGAUGAUAACCUUCUGUGGAAAGAUAAAUGCCGAUCAGCUGGGAUCGACAAUCUCAGAGAUUUUCCAGCUACGAGACGUAAAGGUUGCCGGGGUUUUGGGAACUGUGGCUCUCCGUGGAAACAGGCAUAUAUGAGACAGCACAAUAUCAAGAUGAAUUGGCGUACCAAGCCAAUUAGACCACCAAAAGUGCUCAAAGGUCAUGAUGAUCAUGUGAUCACGUGUUUACAAUUCUCGGGUAAUAGAAUAGUCAGUGGAUCUGAUGAUAAUACUCUGAAAGUCUGGUCAGCAAUGACAGGGAAGUGCUUAAAAACGUUGACUGGCCACACUGGAGGCGUUUGGUCAUCUCAAAUGGCUGGUACGACUAUUAUAAGUGGUAGUACUGACAGAACAUUAAAAGUGUGGAACGCUGAUUCAGGAAAUUGCAUCCACACACUUUAUGGUCAUACAUCGACAGUCCGGUGCAUGCAUCUCCAUGGUAACAAAGUUGUGAGUGGUAGCAGAGAUGCCACACUUAGAGUAUGGCAAGUUGACACGGGCGAGUGUUUGCAUGUUCUCGUAGGACACUUGGCUGCUGUUAGAUGCGUGCAAUAUGACGGAAAAUUAGUCGUCAGUGGUGCCUAUGAUUACAUGGUCAAGGUUUGGAAUCCUGAACGAGAGGAAUGUCUACAUACACUUCAGGGACACACCAAUCGUGUUUAUUCACUUCAAUUUGAUGGAAUCCAUGUUGUAAGCGGUUCGCUAGAUACUAGUAUAAGAGUCUGGGAAGUUGAAACUGGAGCUUGUCGUCAUACUUUGAUGGGCCAUCAGUCUUUGACCUCUGGAAUGGAGUUACGAAAUAAUAUUUUAGUAUCUGGUAAUGCAGACUCGACCGUUAAAGUCUGGGACAUUGUGAGUGGACAUUGUCUUCAAACACUUUCAGGUCAAAAUAAACACCAAUCCGCCGUUACUUGCCUACAAUUCAAUAGUCACUUCGUCAUUACAUCGUCAGACGAUGGUACUGUUAAGCUGUGGGAUGUUAAGACUGGAGACUUUAUCAGAAACCUCGUUGCUCUUGAAAGUGGGGGGAGUGGUGGUGUCGUCUGGAGAAUUCGAGCAAGUGAUACGAAACUCGUUUGUGCAGUUGGUAGCCGCAAUGGCACGGAGGAAACGAAAUUACUCGUUCUUGACUUUGAUGUUGAGUUUAAGUGAAUAGAAUCUUUUGUUAAAAUUAGAUAAAGAAAUAUGAAAACUAUAUGAAAAGAAAUUCUAUAAACCAAUGCUAUGGUGGAGUCUCCGAUUCUCUUACCUACGUAAAAAGAUUAAAAUAAAUGACUUAAUUCAAGACCACUCAGAGCUUAAUCGCGGUACGGUCAUAAAUAACUUUUAAAUAUGUAAAUAACAAUCUAGGUAGCGUAUAAAAAAAUAACAUUUUACUUGUACAUGUUUCAUCAAUGAUUAAGGUCUAAUUUGUGAUAGAUUUUUUUUUUCUUCGACUCACCGAUGUUAACUUAAAGUAUCUAUAAGUAAACAAGUGAAAAUUGUUUAUUAUUAUUAUUAUUAUUAUUAUUAUUGAAAUUUGGCGAUAAUAUUGUUUGGCUAAAAGAAACAUAAAUAACAAAGACUGGAAUAAAAUACCGAAAA